AAGAAUCCACCAGGUUUUUUAAAAAAAUAAAAGCUAUGUGAAAACAAAUAUCCCCAGCUGUAAGCCAGUGGGAAAUGACAAUGAAGCAUAUCCAGUUUGGUGUGACCAUGAAUCAGUACAAGUCGCAUGGCGGCGCUGAGCUGUACGAUGCGAGCUCAUCAAUAGUCACUGCUCUCAACUCCCCCUCUCACCUGACUGAAAUUCACUUUGGAGAAACUCAAUACUGAGUUAAAACUUCCCUAAAACCACAGCAAGCCUCCUUCACAGUUGCCCUUCGUGGAAACGAGUACAGUUCUUUGGUCUCACAGAUGCAAGAAACCUGAGGGGGAAACUAACUUACCGGGCAUGGAAGAGACACAGUGAUUCAGGUACUACAAUGCCAAGGAUGAAAGUUGAGUGCAUCAAUGACAUGUCAUCUGAAGGAAAUUAACGUAAAGUGACAAGAACAGCAAAAAAGUGGAUAAGGUUGAAGGAAACCAUUAUCUGAAGUAGGCUCUAUGUUUCAGGUUUUUCACUCUGCUGCAGGUCUGUGAUCUCACUGUAAAAGUGAUGCACUCCCUGACAACUAUUAUGACACCUCCAUCUGCUGUUGUCUCAUGAAUUAAGUCAAUCUGGGUACCGCAUACUGAUAUGCAGUUGGUCCCAGUUGGAUGUAGCCUGAUCCAAUCAGAAGGUCUUUGAUUCCUGGUGUCUGCAAUCCUUGCAAGUGCAAGCCUCAGCUGUCAAUUACAGGAGUGACAGCAGAGUUGAAAUGGGACACUACAUGCAGAACCAGUCCAACAGGUGCACGACAGAAGAGUAGUAACUUGGAAAGAGAAUUGGCCUGAAAAUCAAGAGGAGAAGAGAAAAGGAGUAAAGAUGGAUCAGUCGACACAAUAUGGACGUGAUUUCCUCACAGGUAUAACACAAGCCGUUGAUUCUGGCACUGGACCUCCAAGACCCAGCCCUGCACAGCUCGGUGUGGAAGGUGGAUCUCUACAUAAGCUCCUGCGAUCCCGGGAAUACAACCUCUUUGCUCAGUCCGCCGUCUUUGAAAGUGAUUUUAUUCAGGUGACCAGACGAGGAAAUCUUGUGGACAUCCACAACAUCCCAACUCUCCUGACCCUGGGAAUAACAGCCUCCGUUCCAUUCUUACCCCUCCCAAAUAUCUUGAUCAUUGCCAGCAGAGAUAGUGAAUCCAAAGGAAAAGAGAGAGAAGAAGGAUGCAUGAAGAUAACCAGGAUGCUUCCCAUGAAGCUGGUCAGAUUGAGUGUCCAUGAAAAGGUCAGUCGAUGUUUGAAGCUGGUCCUGGCAAAUCGAAGCACUUUCUACCUCCAGCUCCAGGACAAGCACUCCAACCAUGUCUUCAAGCUCUGGCAAGAACUUAUUCACAUCAUUUAUGCUGGACUCUCUAUAACAUUCAAAGAUACUAAUGUCAACCUCCCCCAGGCCUGUGUGUGUGACUCAAGGAGCUCCUCGACCUCAGUCAUCAGCUCUGAGAAAUUUGCCUAUGAUGCUCAGAAAUCCUGCCGAAACAUUCCCAUCAAAAGCAAUGUCACAGCAAAUUCUAAAAUAGGAUUUUGGAAAAAGAACCAGCUCUUGGUUGGGAAGGAGAUUCGUGAUGGCUCUGAUGAUGUUCACAGUACAGAAUCUUCAGGAAGCACUCUCAGAUCACAGACAAAUUACGGAAAGAGCCACAUCAAAGUUGUCAGGAAAGACUGGAUGCCUGAUACUCAGGAGGUUCAAAGAAUACGGACAAGAACCGAACAAUUGCUUGAUGUGAAAGAAGAGAAAAGCCCAGGAGACGAGUGGGAACAGAUUAUUGAAAGAUGUUCGUGUGACCACUGCAAAACAUGUAACCAAGAUCUUACGCUACACACCCUGCCCUGUAAACAAAAGAAAGCUGGGACUGGAGAACAAGAGGAGGAAGAGGAAGGAGGAGGAGGAGAAGGAGAGUCUAAUGCCUUUGAGGCAGAUGAAGAUCGUACAUACUUCGGACUCUGGGAACGUGACAGACCAACAUUGAUGCCACUUUCCAGGCUGAGCAGCCUCAUUGCUGUUGGCCUCAGAUAGUUUUGAAUUUAUGUUUUUUAGAAGACAAAUUCUGUUUGAUUUAUAUUAAAAAAAAUCUGUAUCUGACAUUUUUCACAUA